AUCUCUUAGAGACCGGUCAUGUAGCGCAGUGACAAAAUAAAAAAAAAUAUUCUACCAAAUUAAAACUCAAUAUAAUUAUUGAUAAUAAAUUUUCAAUACCUGUUUAGUGAGACUGUGAAACUACAAAGAAAACAGUUUAAAACAACAUGAGGUUUCAGAUUUUAUUGACAAUAGUCUGCUUGACAAUAAGAAUAGAUUCUCAAAGUCUAAAACCGACACGGACUUCCAAUAAAUAUGAACCUGGAUCUGAACAGUUAUUUUUCGAAGAUAACUUGCCCAGGAAUUAUAAUAUUAAUAACGUGAAUCUAAGUAGUGACGAUGCAAAAGUCAGCUUACAACAAGCGCAGACGCAGUCCCUUAAUGACAGUCACUUGCGAGUUGAUCAACAAGCACAACGAAACACAAGAAAUGGUAAGAAACAGGACGAAGGAUUCAAGACCGUAAUUAAACCAGUAAUUCAAAAUGGUAACUUACAGAAUCACUACCAAACAAUUAAUCAAAACGAAAACUUACAGAGACAAACAAAUAAUUUGCAGAACCAGUAUAACUAUUUGAAUCUGCCAGUAAAUCAGAAUAAUGUUCAAAACCAAAAUCAAUUUAAUCCGAAUUUGAACCAAAAUUCGAACUACCAGUUUGAACAAAGCAUUGAACUUGCACCGCCCUUGCAAUCAAGUCAAGAUUAUUAUUCCAAGCAAAAUGUAAUGCAAUCAAACAUCGUUAGUGGUGACAACAGAUACACAACUCGACCCGACGACGUCGUUCCUCUAUCUCAAAGUUCUCAGCAGGUGAAUUUGACGCAGGAUAUAAAACUUGCAUCUGCGGUUAUCUCACAUGUUGGUAUUUUUAUGAUGAAGAGUGCAAGAGGAAAUCAAUCAAACGUUGUGGUUUCCCCAAUGUCUGUGGUAAAUAUGCUGGCUCUCCUGCAAGCUGGCGCCACGGGCGUGACUCAAGAACAGGUCUCAAAUGCAUUGAGAUUGUCUCCGGCGAAGUCAGCAGAAGCGUUUCGACUUAUGAAUACUGAGUUCCGGAAGCGAGGUGCCGAAAGGAACAUUUUGCGAUCUGCGAGCAGUAUUUUCGCAGCUGAUUCAUUCGAGCUUGGUCGUGAUUUCAAGAAUUUUGCCUUUCAAAACUUUGGCAGCGAAGUAUCAAGAAUCAGCUUUAAUAACCCGAAUGCUGCUGCUCAGAAGAUAAACUCUUGGAUUGCUAGCAAGACAAACAACCAAAUUGACAGGCUGGUAUCACCAGAUUCCAUCGGUGUUAACACUCAACUCGUGCUUGCCAAUGCAAUAUACUUCAAGGGUAUAUGGGAGACCCUUUUCAAACCAUCAGAAACGACACUACAGGACUUUAAUCUGAGCAAUGGAAACAUAAAAUCUGUUCCGUUCAUGACGCUGCGAAGUGGCUUCAGGGCUGGUUUAGAUAAGGCUAAUAAAGCUAAUGUUAUCGUUUUACCUUUUGAGAAAAAUGAAUAUUCCCUAGUCAUGUUGCUGCCCGUUCCUGGCGCCGACGUAUCCGCUGUGUUGACGUCGCUCGACGGGGAAACUCUAGCAAACUACCAGAACCUACGGCGCCAGGACGUUCUUCUCGAAAUACCAAAGUUCACUGUUCGUAGUAAUGCUAAUCUGCAACCGAUUUUCGCGACGAUGGGAAUCACAAAGAUGUUUUCCCCAGCAUCGGAACUCAGCCACAUCGGCCUGUACCGCGCCACCUCGCCCCAAGUCUCCUCAGCGGUUCAUUCUGCCAUGAUGUCAAUAGACGAAAUCGGCGCCACCGCCGCCGCAUCUACAGUGGUUGCAGUCGUAGCUUUGUCAUUCGACAACCCGUCCGUUGUGUUUAGGGCAGAUCGGCCGUUUUUAGCUGUGCUGUGGGAUAAUCAGCUAAAUGUGCCUUUGUUCAUGACCAAGAUUGAAGACCCUUCACAUUAAAAUCACAUCUUGCCGAUUUUUGUAACGUGAUUAGGUUAGGCUAAACAAAUUUGAGUUGUAGGCAAUUUUCUUUACGAGUCAUGUAGAAAUGACUGAAAUUAUCUACAAUGUAAUAGAUUGGCUCGUAGUAAUGUUACCUACUUACGGUCUGAAAUGCUCGUAAUUUUUUAUAAAUAUACAAUAAUUAUAGGUUUAAAUUUAUAUACAAAUUAAAAUAAAUAGUUCACAAAUGUUUAUAUCUUAAAGAUAGGUGUUAUGUAAGUACGUUAAUAACGAAUCUUUUAUGUCAACAUGCGUAGGUAUAUCAUGGAAAUCGAGUUAAGAUGUUAUGAGAAAAUUAAACUCAGGAUUCUAGUUAAAAAGAUAAAAGCUGUAAUUUUCAACUCGAAUAUUUCAUAAUCAUUGGUUUUGGUUUAACUUGGUUUCGUUUGCAUUCUAUCCGUACGUGUUUCUUUAGUUCUGGAAUCGUCACUAUACUCGUAUACAU